AACAGAGAAUAUCUAAUCCACUGAGAAGUGAGGUGUGAAAGGAGUUCAUCCACAGAGCUGCCAGACAGCUACAUACUCCCCAGGAGAUUUACUACUGAAAAUUAGAGAUUUGGCUUUCAAAAUUAAGGCUAAAUUUCAAUUUUUCAACAAAAGGAAUUGCCUGAAGGAGCCACGGGGAUCAAAAGAAUGAUCAUGCUGAAGAAAUGGCAAGUCUUGGUUUUCUUUGUUUUGCUGGUAUUGUCUCAAGCGGGUACUGAAUUUGUCCGCUAUUCGGUAGCAGAGGAAAUAGAAAUUGGCUAUUUAGUGUCUAAUUUGGCAAGUGAUCUGGGGCUGGGGUUGGAAGAACUGUCCUCACGGGAGGCCCGGGUAGUUUCUGAUAACAAUGAAAAGCAUUUGCACUUUAACUUGCGGACUGGAGAUUUGCUAAUAAAUGAGAAACUGGACCGAGAAGCACUGUGUGGCUCCACUGAGCCCUGUGUGCUGCCUUUCCAGGUGGUCCUGGAAAACCCUUUACAGUUUUUUCGAGGGGAGCUACAUGUCAGAGAUAUAAAUGAUCACUCACCUACAUUCCUGGACAAGGAAAUAAUGAUUAAAAUAUCAGAAAGUACUAGUAUUGGAAGCACGUUUUUAAUUGAGAAUGCUCAAGAUUUGGAUGUAGGAAGCAAUAGUCUCCAAAACUACAACAUUAGCCCCAACUCUCAUUUCUACAUUAAAGUUCGAGAUAAUGGAGAUGGGAAAAUAUAUCCAGAGCUGGUCUUAAAUAGAGCAUUAGAUCAUGAAAAGGAAUCUGAACUUAGACUAACACUCACAGCACUAGAUGGUGGAUCUCCACCAAAGUCUGGGACAACUUUCGUUCUGAUCAAGGUCUUGGACAUCAAUGACAAUGUUCCUGAGUUUGCUCAGAGCCUCUAUGAGGUGCAGGUCCUGGAAGAUACACCCACUGGCUCCGUGAUUAUUACCAUCUCUGCUAAGGAUUUGGAUAUGGGAAAUUAUGGGGAAAUAUCAUACACAUUUUUACAUGCAUCAGAAGAUAUUCGUAAAACUUUUGAAGUAAAUCCAAUAUCUGGUGAGGUUAAUUUGAGAUCACAACUGGAUUUUGAAACAAUACAGUCUUACUCGUUAAAUAUCCAGGCAACAGAUGGUGGUGGUCUUUCAGCACAAUGCACUCUUUCAGUUAAAGUAUUAGAUAUAAAUGACAACCCACCCGAAGUAACCAUAUCAUCACUGACAACAACAAUUCCAGAGAAUGCCUCAGAAAUACUCGUCGCUCUUUUUAGUGCCAGGGAUCAAGACACUGGGGACAAUGGAAGGAUAUUUUGCUCUAUUCAACAUGACCUCCCUUUUAUUCUGAAACCCACCUUCAAGAACUUUUUCACGGUGGUUUCUGAAAAAAGUCUGGACCGUGAGAUCAGAGACGAAUACAACAUCACGAUCACGGUCUCAGACAUGGGCACACCCAGGCUGAAAACAGAGCUCAACAUAACAGUGCAGGUGUCCGACGUGAACGACAACGCCCCAGCCUUCAGCCAAACCUCCUACACCCUGUUGGUCCCAGAGAACAACAGUCCCGGCCUGCACAUAGGCACAGUGAGCGCCACAGACACAGACUCAGGCACCAAUGCCCAGAUCACCUACUCGCUGCUGCCGCCCCAGGAAGGCGACCAAGACCCGCAGCUGGCCCUCGCCUCGCUGCUGUCCAUCCACGCGGACAGCGGGCAGCUGUUCGCCCUGCGCGCGCUGGACUACGAGGCGCUGCGGGCCUUCGAGUUCCGCGUGGGCGCCGCCGACCGAGGCUCGCCCGCGCUCAGCAGCCAGGCGCUGGUGCGCGUGCUGGUGCUGGACGCCAACGACCACGCGCCCUUCGUGCUCUACCCGCCGCACAACGCGUCGACGCCCUGCACCGAGCUGCUGCCCAGGGCGGCCGAGCCCGGCUACCUGCUCACCAAGGUGGUGGCGGUGGACGGCGACUCGGGCCGCAACGCCUGGCUGUCCUUCCAGCUGCUGCAGGCCAGCGAGCCCGGGCUGUUCAGCGUGUGGGCGCACAAUGGCGAGGUGCGCACCGCCAGGCUGCUGAGCGAGCGCGACGCGCCCAGGCACAGGCUGCUCGUGCUGGUCCAGGACAAUGGCGAGCCGCCGCUGUCGGCCAGCGUCACGCUGCACGUGCUGCUGGUGGACGGCUUCUCGCAGCCCUACCUGCCCGUGGCCGAGGGCGCGCGCGACCCGGCGCCGCCCGACGCGCUCACUGUCUACCUGGUCAUCGCCCUGGCGUCCGUGUCCUCGCUCUUCCUCUUCUCUGUGCUCGUGUUGGUGGCGGUCAGGCUGUGCAGGAGGAGCGGGGCGUCCUCGCUGGCUGGCUGCUCUCUGCCUGAGGGCCACUUUCCUGGACACCUGGUGGAUGUCAGCGGGGCGGGGACGCUGUCCCACAGCUACCAGUAUGAGGUGUGUCUCACUGGAGGUACUGGGACAAAUGAGUUCAAAUUCCUGAAACCCGUCAUCCCUAAUCUUCAAAUACAUGACAGUAGUGAAAAUGUGCAGGAAAAGGAGAACUUUCGGAAUAGCCUCGGGUUCAAUAUUCAAUGAAAUAAUUUGUUUAAGUUUUAAAUACAUUUGGUGUUCUUGAUAAAUUGCAGGUGAUUUUUUUCUCCUUUCGGUUUGAUUUGCUGAAGCUGCGUUUUCAAUUCUCAUGAUCUUCUUAGUAUGUUUAGAGUCUUUACCAGCUGCUAUGAUGAUGUGAAAAUACAGUUUGUUUUGUUUCAAUAGUGUUGAGUUACUGCAGUUUUAUAGUAAUAGUGAUAUUAUUAUGCAUGACAAAAAUUCAUAAUCAUUUGGAGAUGUUAAAGUAGUUACAGCAAAUGUCUUAAUGCUAGAGAUGGGGCUCAGUGGUGGAGAAGAGAUAUGCAGGAGACUCUGGGUGGAGGCACAGCACCACAGAAGGAACAGAGGGAGAGAAGGAGGGAAGAGAAUGCAGUUAGGAAAGGAAGGAAAGAGGAGCAAGUAUCAGCAUAUAGGUUAAGUUACUUUCAUAGGCCUUCAAAGCAGAGAAAGAAAUAAUGUUUAAUGUUGAAUCCUAAUAGAAAGUAAAUUGGAUUGAUUGCACUAUUCUACGUAAAAAUUUUAAUAACAAAAAGUAAAAACAUCUACACUUCCAUAUUCAAUAUUUGUGAACUUUGUUUUUAUAUAGUGUUUUUAAGAAUUCAUUUCAGGGUUGGAGAGAUGGCUUACCCACUAAGGUGUUUGCCUGUGAAACCUAAGGACCCAGGCUCGAUUCCCCAGUACCCACAUAAGCCAGA